AAUUGAACGCUUAGCUGGUCGUGAGUCCAAGGAAUAUAUAGUGCUAGAUUUCUUGACUAUCCUCUUGGUUGAAAGUCGGUGACUUUUCCGGUGCUUUGGAGUGAUUUUCGCAGUGAUCGAGCAAGUUUUCUCUGAGUAGAAAAGUGCACAAUGGUGGUUGAUUUGAAAUUCUCAAAGUUCAACGACACUCCUUGGGGAUUCCGCCUCACCGGAGGGGCGGAUUUUGACUUUCCCCUCACUGUUAUCAAAGUGACCGAAGGCAGUUUGGCGGCGCAGGCAGGAAUGCAACUCGGCGAUGUCGUUGUCCGUAUCAACGACACUCCUGCCAGCAGUCUCUCCCACUUGGAAGCGCACAAUGUUCUCCUGGCGGCUGGAAACAACUUCAUGCUUGGCGUGAUCAGAGAAAACGAGCAAGAUGCCAUUGCGGCUCCUGAUGAAUCGGUAACUAUAGGCAAUCCUGCAGCAGAAGUUCCCGCUCUUCCUGCCAACAUACAAGAACAAACGAUAAUCGAGGAGCCAACCCAAGAGGCGAUUGAGGAGAAGUUGAUGGAUGUCGUGGUGACUGAUGAUCAAAUAGCUGAGGUCAUUUCCAGUGAGGCCGAAGUGCUCAAGGAACAUAACGUGAUUGGCGUGAACUUCAACAAAAUUAUUCCUCAGGCUCUCUCGCUCAAGACUAGUGAAGUGUUCAAGACUCUCAAUGCUCAAGCAGUACAGACGAAGGAGGAGAAAGUUCAGGAGGAACGCAAAUGGACCACUUUUCUUCAGAAGCCAAAUCGCCCAAUCCCAAAGUCAAAGUGGGAUAUUGAGCAAGAAAAGAGGGAGUCAUACAAAGUGAAGAUUGUGAAGCAGCCAAAGCCGCGAAUUGCUCCUGAUCGAGUAGCCACACCUCCACCCAUGAUGAUUCAACCUGAUUCUCCUAAGGAAGAGCCAGAAAGAGUCCCAGAAACUAAUGAAUCAGCUGAGCAGCCUCUGCCAUCACAAUCAGAUGCUCCAGAGGAAGAAGAAAUUGAUCUACAAGCCGAAGAAGUGGUUGAAUUGGUGGCUUCAACGGCUGAUGACGAAGUGCCCGAUCUAGAGGAGCCUCAGGUUCAGGCAGAACCUGAGAAUCCUGAUGAACUUCCGCGAGAGCUUGAGGAGAAAUUGGCUGAUGUUCAGCGUCAAUUACUGUCUUUGUCGAAUUUGCCUCACGCUAUUCAGGCAACAUUAGAUGCUGUUACUGAACAACUCUCGAAAAUUGUGCCUGCAACCAAAGAGGAAAUUCAGGAAGAUCCGACAGAAUGCCAGGAGGAUGUCCGUCAGGAGAUCACUGCAGAAGAGCGGGGAGAAAAUGAAGUUAGUCUCGAGGAUCAGGAGGUGUCAGAGAUACAUAGAGAGAUUGAAGAGGAGCUGGUGAGUCCUGAACCAGUGGAGCGUGGGCAAGAAAUAUCAGAGAUAAUGAAUGAAGAUGUUCAAGACAUGGAACAAGAAACUGAAGAGGACCUGGACCACCAGCAGCGCCUGAUUGGCGAGCGAACACCCAAGAGACCGCCAAAGCCCAAACUCACCUCUGUCUUUGGCCCGCUCGUGCCACAGGAGAGGCCCAUCUUCUUGCCCGGUGGACGAAAGUGGCGGAAGCCGAAAGACGCCUUCAAUGACGAAUUCAUAGCGGAAGUUCUCAGCUCCCAGGCGGAACUCAUUAUUGGCACCACUCUUGGGGUGAACUUCUUGAAGUACCAGAAGCCAGAGAAGAAGGUGGAUCUGAGGAAUAGCGAGGUGUACCGAAUGAUUCAUCGCAUGGACAAGGAGCCGACCCACGGAAUUGCCGUUCGGCCUGAAAAAGUGCUGACAGCAGAUGAUGUUCAUCGAAGCUCUCCACCGGUCGCUGCCUGUGGACAGUAGAAGCUGAAAUAGAUUGCGUGGAAUUGUUUGGGUUGUUCUUUUGUAACUUAGCACUUAUUUAAAUAAACAAUACGAGAGGGGUAA